GUUGCUUCAACUUGUCCCGGACUCCGUGGCGGAUACGUAACUUUUACCGCGUACCGGCUGAGUUCAUAAAUCGCUCGAUCGUCUGAAAAAAGGUUUUUCGCGCGUAAAUCAAAGCAGUGAGAGUUCGAAAUUGAUUAGGAUUUGUGAUUAAAUCAUGCCUGACUAAUAGGUAGAUUAAAUCCUGCCUGACUAAUAGGUAAUGUGAAAGGGAGGCAGGCAGGAGUAUUAAUAUUAAAGCAUAAUAUUAGUGCAAGUGCAUGCAAAGUGAGUUCGCUAUUCUGCGAAAACGGAAAUGCAACAAAUUAAUGUGCAUAGCAUAAGCAUCAAUGGAAGUGUCCGUUGAAUGGUAAAAUGGUGAAAUGGUGAAAAAAUCAAGGAAAUCAUUAAUAAUGGAAAUCAAACAAGAUUAAAAAUAAAUAUACAAGAGUAAACAAAACGUGGAAGUUGUUUGUGGAAUAUACGAGUAUAUGAACGGAAAUAUAAUUAUUUUGCAAAUAUCCCGCAUAAGUGCCGAGUGUUGGGCUAUCCAUUUCCCGCCCCCUUUGAAAACCACCCAGUGUUUGUUGCUCUUAUUUUGCCCAAAAAUUAUACAAAUUCGACGAGUGAAUGUUUACUGUUUUACUGGCUCAGUGGAUGGGGCAAGCAAAGAGGCCGAAAAAGUGUUGGGCGUAAACAAAAAACGUGAAAACUUAAAAUUAUUGCCUGCGAGGCCAUCAGCUGAAAAGUCAACAAUCUGGAGGAGACUCGAGCGAACCGCAAAUGUGAACGCCGUUAAUUAUGUGGAAAUUUGGCCAUCAGAAUGCAUCCUUUGACCAACAUUCCGAAUAGUAUUGUGCUGAUUUUCCUGCUGGUACUAGCACACAAUACCUUUGGCCAAGUUUCGAGGGAAAACGUCACCAGUCCCACACUGAUAUCACUGGUUCAUAGCUCGCAAAAAGAGCCUGAGCAGAUGGAUUCGCACCGGUAUGCUACCGGAUUGCCGGAACCAGUUGCCAUGGAGCCCUUGACCAGGAUGCGACUGAACCAAAAAUCCGAUGGGGAAAUCACCGAGCUGAGCACCAAUGUGACGCUCUACAUGGAGAAAAUUCCACGCCUGCAGGUGCGGUGGCAGGAUAAUUUGCCAGAAGGCACUUCGUACAAUGUCCUUGUAAGCGCGGUGAACAACAGUCGUUGUCCUGAUGCGCCGUGCAGCGAGUACGGAAUCAAGCAGAGGAAUGUGGCGCCAGAAUCCCACGUCGUUAACCUGCCCGUAAAUCCCAACAUGAACGUGGAGUCCGUGGACUGCAACUACAUGUUUGGCUGCCAGUACCAGGUCAUUGUGGAGACCUCCAACGCGAUGGUCAGGCGAUCUGCCCGCGUCUACAUUCCACAGUGCUUGGAGGGCAAAUGCUCCUGCCAACUGGCGCCUACACCGCCAAAGGUCCUGGCCGUGGCCAAAAUGCUCAGUAACGAGACCAUCAGCAUCAAUAUCUCAAUCCUGGCCAGCGAGCUGUUGCGCAAGGAACAGGACUCGCAUCUGCACGAGACAUUGCGGACAUAUAAAAUGCAGUUGAAAAUCAAUGAGGAGACAAACCCCUCGCUUCCCUGGGGCGGCGUAUUGAAGCAUCUGAUGACCCGCGUUUACAAACUCAGCGAACUGAACUUCAGGGCAACUCCCAAGGGAUUCGAGGGCGUCAUGAAGCUGGGACUGGGCACGCAGCUCAAGGAGAAGGCUUCCCUCAGCCUGCAGGCCGUCAUCAUCGAUCCCUCGGGCUGCGAGGGACCACGCAGUGUUACCAAGGUGCCAGUGCCUGCGAAUCCCGUCCUGCUAACUGAGGGAGAUAGUGUGAGCAACUCCAUCGUUGUGAUGAGCGCCAUGCUGAUUGCCAUCAUCAUUGCUGGCCUGAUUAUGCUGCUCCUUCGCCGCCGAAGAGCCAGGACAACGGCCAAGCUGCGCAAGCAGGAGCAGAUCUACAUCCAGACCUUCGCCACCUCCGCCAUCGAGAUGGAGGACAAUGUCAAUUACGUGGACAAGUAUGUGGAGAAGUCGCAGGUCCUGGGAUUGGCGGACAUAUUCGAGGUUCCCCACUCGGCCAUCCAGAUUGGACGGAUGUUGGGCGAGGGAGCCUUUGGCCAGGUGCACGAGGCCACUGCCAUCAACUUGCGCCGGAUGAGGGGCACCUCCAUCGUGGCAGUGAAGCAACUGAAACCCAAUCCCAAGUCGGAUGAAGUAGCCGAGUAUCUGGCCGAGAUCGAGAUGCUCAAGGGCGUGGGCACCCACCACAAUGUGGUCUCCUUUCUGGGCUGCUGCACCAUUAAGCCGCCAUACUUGAUGAUAAUGGAAUACGUAAACAAAGGAAACCUGCUUAGCUAUUUGAGAACUGUGCGUCAGGAGGCUAGCAAACUGAGAAAGAGAAAUGCCAAUUACACAUCCUGCAGACCGAUUACGAACAGGACCAAUAGCACUUCCUCCCCCAAAGCACAAAGCGUGAACUACAUCGAAUUGAAGGCUUCCAGCCAGACCAUUGAAAUGCCACAGGAAGACUCCAACGGACAUGUGAAUGGCUUCCGGCAGCCACAUCCUUCCUUUGCCGAAACCACUUACACCAUUGUCGAGGACGAAGAUGCAUUCGAGUAUAUAUUGGACAACAAGGAACUGCAUAAUUUCGCCCUGCAAAUUGCCAACGGGAUGCGUUUCCUGGAAGAGCAGGAAAUAACGCACCGCGAUUUGGCUGCACGCAACGUGCUUAUUGACAGCAAUAAGACCCUUAAAAUUUCAGAUUUCGGCCUAUCCAGGCACGGAAUUUACACGAACACAAGGACGCGAAAGCUCCCACUUCGCUGGCUGUCCAUUGAGGCGAUUCGAGAAAAUGUCUAUUCCAGCAAGAGCGAUAUCUGGGCCUAUGGCGUGGUGCUCUGGGAGAUCGGCACCUUGGGCGCCUCGCCAUAUCCGACGAUCAGCAACAGCGAGCUGAUGCCAUUCCUGAUGGCGGGCAACCGGCUGGAGCGACCGGAGAUCUGCACCCCGCAGGUGUACACCAUCAUGCUGCAGUGCUGGCUGGAGGAGCCCGAGGAACGUCCCACCUUCGACGCCCUGUACAAGGUGCUCAGUCCCAAGACCACCUACGUGGACAUCAACAGUCUGAGCGACGAUUACGUCUUUCCGCCAAUCAGCGAGAAUAGGGAAUAAGCUCGU